GGCGCUUUCCAUCAAACGGAAGAAGAGCUUCCCUCAUAUUUGUUUCCCUCACAUAAAAACUAAAAAGCGAGAGUCUCUUUAAUCUUCAGAUAGGGAAUAGUGCUUGUAUUGAGCUUCUUACAGUAGAAAUAAAACUUUGAUAAGCAUUUUGGAGUUGGAUUGUGAUCUUCUCCAUCAACAUUCAGCAAUGGCAAUGAAGAUGAAGGGCAUCUACAAAAGCUUCAAAAUGGUCUCUCAAUUAUUUGUUGUGAAAGAACGAGACAUGGAAAUUGGACACCCAACAGAAGUAAAACAUGUGAACCAUGUUGGCUGGGAGGUAUCCUCUGGCAGUGCACCUGCUUGGUUAAGUGAGUUUAAGGCAGAAGCGGAGCCUUUGUCUCCAAUACCAUCAUCUUUUUGUCACGCAAGCAAUUCGAAGUCUUUAUUGACCACUUCUUCAUCCACUGAUUUUGAUCAGAGAUCAAGCCAACCAGUUAUAUCAGUUAGGCCAAGGGAUGUGCCUCCCAUUCCAGUAGGUCUAUCCAAGAUUCAAAGUAAGAGCAAGAAUAGGAGAAAGUAUUCAUCUUCAACAUCAUCACCAAAUCCAAGUUACCAUCUCCAAAAUCUUCAAGAUCAACGGGUAUCUAAAUAUUCGUUCAAAUCAAUGACAUGUCGGUCAAACUCUAAUGCUUAAAGGUAAAUUCAAAGGGGCAAUGAAAAACAGAAACAAAGCUUGUGUCACAAUAUGUAUAAGGGAUAUUUUGGUAGUUCUCGUGAUUUUCUUUCUGGUCAGA